UGCAGUCUCUGGUAUGUACUUUAAUUCACUAGUAUUUUCCUUCCAGAAGAAGUGCACUUUAGUUCCACAAACAAAGUACUGAAUCGAGCCAAGCAUACUUUUGGUUCAGUAAAAACCCAGCAACUGGGGGAGAAGAAGAUAAAACAUUGAGCGAGGGAGAAAGGUCAUUAAAUUGCAUUACAGCAGAUCAGCUUUAACAGUGUUUGUAAUGCCCUCAUCAUAAUGCAGUGAGAGAAAGGAAGGACUGGCCCUGUUCCAGCUUAGAGGGAAGAGGCAGUUACACAGUGCUCUUGCCGCCUGCAAAGCUCCUCACUCUUUCAGUCUUGUACUGUUUGCGCUGCAGAUUACAUUGCCGAGCUGGAAUCAUCAUAAACCUGCCAUCUUUCUAUAGUUUACAAAACCUUCUGAAAUAUAGCAACCAGGGGAAAGAAAAAAAAGAGGAAAUGAGAGAAAAUUGUAAGCAGAGACUACAUGUGAUUGACUUUUGCAGAUUUUCCAGCUCCAGUCUGGAUUCUGUUUAAGUGUGUCAAACCGAUUUGAAGAAAAGCAAGGAAGAAAACUGGCAAUUGAUUUGGCACUUUUUAGCACAAACUAAUACUGGAUUACUAAAUCACAGGGGACCUUCUUCAGGACAGCAAGACUUUUGCUAUCUCCUUAUCUUCCCUGUCAGAGUUGGGCUGCUCUAUACAAAGUAGACACACUAUCCCAGCAGCAGUCUCCUCCUGCUCUAUCGCAAGGAAGGAGGGACAGGAUGCCAGUGCUGGAUAGGUGUUUUAACUCUGCAGAGAUGGGCAGGAGUUGGAGGACAGCUGAAGUUCUUUUGCCACCUUCCAUGGGGAGCUUUCCAGCCUACCAUUCUGGAAACCUGACCUGUGAGUUGCCGGAAAUAAUAAAGAUGGUGAAACUCCUCUGGAAAUCAAAGACUGGCUUACAGAGCGUGAAGCAAAGAGGGCUGUUGGCCAAUGAAGAUGCCCUAGGUUCUUUACCAGGAGAUGCUAGAGUGAAAGUUCCAGCAGGGGUUCUCUCAGAACGCCGUGGUUCAUACCCUUUUAUUGAUUUCCGUCUUCUCAAUAAUACUACACACUCAGGAGAAAUCGGCACUAAGAAGAAAGUAAAGAGACUUUUGAGUUUCCAGAGAUAUUUUCAUGCAUCAAGGCUUCUGCGUGGAAUUGUGCCACAAGCUUCUCUGCACUUGUUGGAUGAAGACUAUCUUGGACAGGCUCGGCAUAUGCUAUCUAAAGUGGGAAUGUGGAAUUUUGACAUCUUCCUGUUUGAUCGCCUGACAAACGGUAACAGCUUAGUUACGUUAUUGUGCCAUCUGUUUAAUGUCCACGGGCUUAUUCAUCACUUUCAGCUUGACAUGGUCAAAUUACACAGAUUUUUAGUAAUGGUGCAAGAAGAUUACCAUAGCCAAAACCCUUAUCACAACGCUGUCCAUGCUGCGGAUGUCACACAAGCUAUGCACUGCUACUUGAAAGAGCCAAAGCUUGCCAGUUUUCUUACUCCUCUGGACAUCAUGCUUGGGCUAUUAGCAGCAGCAGCACACGAUGUUGACCACCCAGGGGUUAACCAGCCAUUUUUAAUAAAAACCAAACAUCACCUUGCAAGCUUGUAUCAGAACACAUCUGUGUUAGAGAACCAUCACUGGAGGUCCACUGUCGGAAUGCUGAGAGAAUCGCGGGUAUUAUCUCACCUGCCAAAGGAAAUGACACAGGAUAUUGAACAGCAGUUGGGCUCUUUAAUACUGUCAACAGACAUCAAUCGGCAGAAUGAGUUCCUUAGCCGUUUGAAAGAUCACCUGAACAACAAAGAUCUCUGCUUGGAGGAUACAGAACACCGGCACUUCAUGCUGCAGAUUGCUCUGAAGUGUGCGGACAUUUGCAACCCAUGCCGUGUCUGGGAACUGAGCAAGCAGUGGAGUGAAAGGGUCUGUGAGGAAUUUUACAGGCAAGGAGAACUUGAACGAAAGCUUGGACUGGAUAUAAGCCCCUUGUGCAAUCAGCAAAAGGACACUGUACCAAGUAUACAAGUUGGCUUCAUAACAUAUAUAGCUGAGCCUCUCUUUGUUGAGUGGGGCCAUUUUACAGGGGACACACCAUUGUCUGUAAAUAUGCUAAACCAUCUCAGGAAGAACAAGUCAAAGUGGAGAGCAUUGCUACACAAGCAGCGCAGCAAGAGCAAUGACCGUUUGGGGCAAGGAACAGAGGACAAAGAUGACAAAAAGCUCACAGAAGAUGGAGCCGCACAGUGACUAUUUCAGACCCUUCUUUGUAGCAUUUCUGGUCUUUCCUUUGCUUCUUACAAUGAAGAAUGAUUUAAAAAAAAAUAAAAUAAAAAAAAGCUCAGGUGAGCUGCUGUUAGUUUUCACAGCAGUUGGGGUAAAGCAGGAUUGGAGAAAGUAGAAGAGAAAAGAAUUUAGGGUUGAGGUGGCGAGUCAUUUUACCAUAUUCUGGUGUUCUGUUGUCUCACUCUUUCCGGCAUAUCUUUCUUAUUUCUCCAAGAGUUAAAUCAGCAUCACCUCAUGGUCUUCAUUUUAUAUGGCCAAUGGAUUGAAGAAUACAGAAACAUGUUUAAGGCUUUGUAUCUUGAUACAGUGACUUUGAACAAUAAUCAAGGGACUUCUUACACCUUGACUACCAGUACUGUGGAAGGGACUCUCUGAGAACUCCAUAUAAUUGCCCCAUCACCUGGAGCCAUUUGCUUUUUUCUUUUGUGAAAGCAAAGACAUUGAGUAGAACCACAGAACAGAAAAACACCAGCAUUAACUGGACUCAGAAGUGAUCAGUCUGAGAAAUGAACUUUAUUUUAAUAUGACCUGAAAGAAUUAGUUAAAAAAAAAAAAAAAUAUAUAUAUAUAUAUAUAUAUAUAUAUAUAUCAUUUCUUCUUAAAUUUUAUAUUCAUACGAGCUGUUUGAAAUAUUUGAAUUAAGCACUACCGUAGAAGACAAAGAGACAUUUUUUUAACGCUUUAACACCACUUUGGAUUCUGGUAUUUUAGCUACAAUAAGGUGUAGUGCAAUGAAUUCUUCAUAAGGAAUGUGAUGGUCAUAUAAAUGCUGGUUGGGAAUGUUCAGUGUUCCAACCUAUGGCCACUUUAUAAUUUUUAUGAUUGAAGGUUUAAAGUUGUUGUUGCAAAUUGUGUAUAGUCCCACUUGUAAAUUUUCUGUAUAUACUGAGCUUCUUACCCACAUGCCAAAAUAAUUGAGGAUCGGCUACCUGUACAAAUAUUGGCACUGUGAACAGAAAACUGUUACUUUUAACAAAAAAAUUGCUUUUGUAAAUAUGGUAAAUAGAUUAUCUCUAAUAGUGCUUUCAUUUUCAUAUAAAGGCCUUAAAUUUUAA